AUGUUCAAGAAAGACAAACACCGGCCAGAAAACACUCCGCCUUCAGUUCCUACUGGAGUUUUUACUUCAUAUAUACCACAAGUAAGAAACCACAUACCUUCACCUAUACCAUCAAACUAUGGAGGAGCAAAUGGGGAAGUAGCUACUGCGCUCCCGCAAUCAACGACGACGGCAUCAGAAACACCGCCAUCUGACACGUCAGGCAUAUUUACUGGUCUCUAUAGACACCAAAAUGCUGCUACGACUCCAAACUCAUCAUCGUCGUCAACACUUUCGGCUUCAACACGACAUCCAAAACCAACUGUUUCUUUCUCAACGCUGCACCCAUCUGCACUGCAAGCGGCAUAUGAACAAGGAGCACAAUCGGCCAUCACAGCAGCGACUCAAAUUGAAGCUGAUAAGCUGGAAGCAAGAAAUAUUAUUGCAAACUAUGCAGUUGAACCACUCGAAAUGUUGCAUCUUGUCGAUCGUUGGCUCCAACAACUCCUUGAUGAAUUCUUCCAACAACGUGAUCAGUUCAAACAUACAUUAUAUGAAAAAUGGGAAAAUCAAGAACUAACCAAUAUUAUAUAUGAUAACAAUGAUCGAAUACGUAAAAUCGAUGCCGUAUACAAGGAACUUGAAAAAGCACGCGAUACCCUAUUCUCAUGUGAAGCAUUUGACGAGCUGAGUAGUUAUUUACGGAAAACUGAUGAUGGUGAAACAGAUGAAAUGAAAGAAAAAGUUAACAUAUUAGCUGAACAUUAUUCAAAAAUUUUACAAUGUUUGCAAUUUGUUGAUAAAGAAACCCAAACCGUUGGUGAUGAUAAUUCUAUCAGUGAUAUAAAGACGAAUUUAUUGAAACUGAAAGAACUGAAUAACAAACAAUCACAUACAAUCUGUAUUGUCGGCUUAGAAAAGGCGGGGAAAUCAACAUUUAUUAAUGCACUUCUCGGCUUUGAACUCCUGCCAGCGGCGGUUGAACGUUGUACACAAAUACGGACCGUCCUCAAACCACCUCUUGAAGGUGGUAAUCAACAGCUGUUUGCCACAGUCAAGUUCUAUGAUGAUCAGGAAUUUCGUGUAUUCUUUGAUAAAAUGACAGAGAAAACAGAUGAAAAUCAACAACAAUUGCAACAACGUAAAGAACAAGUGGUUCAAGAACGAGAAGUUUUGAAAGCAAAGUUUCCAGAAGAACAUUUUCAUAUCCAUGGUCAAAGUGGUGUAGAGAGAGAACGUACGGAUAUUAUUAAACGUUUACAUGAUUAUAUAACUGGAGAAUUGUAUGUUAAUAUUAUAAAAGAAAUUACAAUUUACACGGAUAAACUGCCAGGUAAAAACUACGAACUCCUCGACGUUCCUGGUUUUGAUUCCCCAAUCAAAGAACAUCGUGAUGCCGGUCUACAAGCGAUAAAAUCAGCUGACGCUUUUCUCUUUCUUACUAACGGUCAACAGCCAAGUCUGACUGAACCACAGAUUCGUCUUCUCAACGCAAUUCAAAAAAAUCAUUUUGAAGCAAUGCAACGCGCAUUCGGUAUCAUCACCAAACUUGACCUCUGUCAAACUCUAGCAAAGUAUCAAGAACACUAUGAAAAAGCGUCUACUGAACUCAAGUAUAAAUAUUUUAAACCAGAACAUAUUUAUGCUGCCUGUGCGCGUAUACAAAUUUUGGAUGAAAAUACGGAGGAAUUUCGUGUUAUCGCUAGUAAACUACACAGUUUCGGUGAUGAUUUGGAACAAGGAUUUGAACGAAGUAAAGAAGGUCUCAAUAGAUUUAUUGAAUAUGAACUACCGAAAACACAUUUGAGACAGCUGGUUGAUUUAGGAAGAACGCGAUUGGGUCGAUAUGUGUUGGAACGGCUUGCCAAAAUCAAAGAAAAAGAGCUCUUGCCACAGAAUCCGUCUAUGAUGCCAAUUGAUGAGUUUAUUAAACAGCAAAAUAAGGCAAAUUGGGAUCAAGUUUACUACGAAAAUAUCUUUCAGCCUGUCUUCGCCAAAGCAAACUACUGGCAUGCAAUAAUCGUCACCAAAGAACGUACAAAAUUUAUCGAUGAUGCUAAAAGAAAAUUUCAUGAUUUGUUUCUCGACCUUACCAAAGAUUUUCUUAAAUGUACACAUCAAAUUGAACAACUGAUGUUUGAAGCACAUGGCUUCACAAAACUUCAGUUGAAUGCACAUCCAACGGAUAAUUCUGUACGUGAAAAGCUAAGUAUUGAACUGGAAAAAAUUGUUGAUCAAACAUCAGACACUCUUGCAAAACAUUUCUAUCAUCAGUAUAUCUGUGAACUAGAAAAUAUUCUCAAUGAUAUUUGUCCGCAAUUGAAAGAUUUAUAUCGUACAAAGUUAACACUGGAAAAGUGUACAAAUGAAACACAUGCAUUGAUUUUAAGAGUUUGUCGUCCAGUGAUUAUGGCAACUCUGAGAUUUUCACAUUUAGAUUUGAGCGUUAAACAAGACGCAAUUAGGGAAUUGAUCUAUAUUGCGCCGACUGUAGCGUUCAAUAUAGUAAAUACUUUCGAUCGAGAUGGUAGUGGAAUACUUGGUACGGCAAUACCUGAAUCAGUACACGUAUUGGCUGGUGGAAGUCAAAUGACAACGUCGAUUAUUAAAACACUUUUCAAGUAA